GCUCUUUUAAGAGCCACUCACUGCGUCUGCAGAGCCAUGUUCCUUAUGACUUUAAGCUAAACUAAAAGACUCUUGUAGAUCAACAUGAGCGGCAGAGGAAAGGGAGGUAAAGGACUCGGUAAAGGAGGCGCCAAGCGCCACCGGAAAGUCCUCCGUGACAACAUCCAGGGAAUCACCAAGCCCGCCAUCCGCCGUCUGGCUCGCCGCGGGGGAGUCAAGUGUAUCUCCGGCCUCAUCUACGAGGAGACCCGCGGUGUGCUCCAGGUCUUCCUGGAGAACGUCAUCCGUGACGCCGUCACCUACACAGAGCACGCCGAGAGGACGACCGUCACCGUCAUGGACGUGGUCUACGCUCUCAAGAGGCAGGGCCGCACUCUGUACGGCUUCGGGGGUUACACAGUAAAUUUGGUAGUGUUAAAGCAAUACCUAUAGAGUCGAAUUUAACACCGUUUCCGAGUCUAUAUGUUCCCAAAGGCUCUUUUAAGAGUCACUCACUGCGUCUGCAGAGCCAUGUUCCUUAUUUGUAUUAGAUUCACAACAUAAAUGUCAUUGGGAUUGAAAUGUACUGAAUUUACCAAGAUAAAAAUGAAGUUCAGGGUUGACUUAAAGCAGGGAUGUUCUGUAUAGCUUAAAAAGUAUUCACUGAACCACUAGCCUAAGCUAAGAUGGCACAAAAUAUAAUAUUGAUGUGGGAAAUACAAUUCUUUAAUUCACAUUUCUGUAUAAGUCAAAAUGCUUUAUGUAUUUUGAUGUAAGGAAAGAAA